GUAGUUCUUUGUAUUAGCCGAGUAGUAUACAUUUGAAAAAUAGCACUUUAAUCUAUAACGUGUCUGGCUUUGUCUGUAGUUUAGAGUUUGGACCGGUAAGAAAAAUGGUGGAUUUAGAACUAUUAGGUCCUCUUGACUGGUAGCUUAUGCUAAAUACUUCGCUGAUAUGCAUUAUCAUGCGUUUACUUGUCGUCUCUUAAAUUUGUAAGUUUGAUAACCUUGCAUGCGACCCGCAGGUAACAUAGUACUUCAAUUUGAAAUCAAUAAGCUUGGUAUAAGCUCACUUGUGUCACGCCAAAUGGGAAUCGAAUUGUACUGUUAAUGCAUACGCAAGAGCGAGGGGGAUUGGAAUAGUUUUCACGCCCGUUCAUUGCUGAGAGUUGUCACUAACAUGUCCCCCCACAAUGUGGUGGUUCUGGACAACGGUGGAGGCCUAAUCAAAGCUGGCCUCGGUGGAGAGUGUGACCCCUCUGUUGUUGUUCCCAACUGCCUUUACCGACCUCCGUCCUCCAAGAAAUGGCUCCAACCAAACCCCCUCAACCCCACCACCACCACCACCUCCUCUAUGGAACCAUCCUCAGUCAGUGAAGUGGACCUCACCUCGGCUGCAGUUCGACGGCCCAUGGACAGAGGGUAUAUGAUAAAUCCUGAACUUCAACGAGAGAUAUGGGCUCACCUCUUCUCUUCCAUCCUCCACAUAAACCCAUCAAACUCUUCACUCCUCCUCACUGAGCCCCUCUUCGCCCUUCCUUCCAUUCAGCGAUCAAUGGAUGAGCUUGUCUUUGAGGAUUUCAACUUUAAGUCUCUUUAUGUGGCUGACUCACCCUCUUUGGUUCAUCUCUAUGAGGCAAGUCGUAGGCCUGAAGGUCUUGUCUCUAGAGCGCAGUGCAGCCUUGUUGUGGAUUGCGGGUUUUCGUUCACACACGCCUCACCGGUGUUUCAGAACUUCACGUUGAAUUAUGCUGUGAAGAGAAUCGAUUUGGGUGGCAAAGCAUUGACCAAUUAUCUGAAGGAGUUGGUUUCUUUUAGGGCUGUUAAUGUCAUGGAGGAAACUUUUAUUAUGGAUGAUGUUAAGGAGAAGCUCUGCUUUGUUUCCCUUGAUGUUCCCCGGGAUCUCCAGAUUGCAAGGAAACCUGGAAAAGAAAAUCUCUUUAGAUGCACAUAUGUGCUUCCGGAUGGUGUUACACACACAAAAGGCUUUGUUAAAUAUCCAGAUCAAGUACACAGAUAUCUUACUCUGGCUGAUGAUUCUCCUUUGCCUCCAAAAGAAAAAAAGGAGGAUAUGAAUCUUCAGGAGUUUGACUUGACAAAUGAACGCUUUCUUGUCCCAGAAAUGAUCUUCCAUCCUGCUGAUUUAGGAAUGAAUGAGGCUGGAAUAGCAGAGUGCAUUGUACGAGCUAUUAACUGCUGCCAUCCACAACUCCACCCUGUACUCUAUGAGAGCAUCAUUUUAACUGGCGGAAGCACCUUAUUUCCUCAAUUUGCUGAGAGAUUAGAGAUGGAGCUGCGGCCUCUAGUUCCUGAUGACUACCAUGUGAAGAUAACUCAACAACAAGAUCCCAUAUUAGGUGUUUGGCGUGGAGGAUCAUUGUUGGCAUCAAGUCCAGAUUUUGAAGCUAUGUGCGUGACCAAGUCUGAGUAUGAGGAGCUUGGAUCUGCUAGAUGUCGCAAGAGAUUCUUUCAUUGAGUAUUACCCAUGGAAAUGUUUAUCUUGCAUAAUAGGGCAUGGCAUGGAGGGUGGUUUUCCAGUGAAAUAAUUUGCUAUCGGUUUUCAGUGAACAAAAUGGGUACUCUGGUUUUCCAUGGCUUGCCUGGGAAGAGAGGGAUAUCGAUCGAAGCCUGUCAAAAUGUGUCCUGCAAGAUGCAGCCAUGUCAUAUUUUCUGUUCCUCUGUGGUUUUUAUGAUGGACUAUAGGGCCCUGGAACUUCAUCUUCAUGGGGAAGAAGAUUCAUUCGAGAAUCAAUCUUGCAGUUUAUGGAUUUCAGGUUUCCAGUAGAAGCCCUGAGAUGGAGACGCCCUUGGCCCCUGCAACGUUUGUAGCCUGCUUUUAAAGUGCCAUCGAGUUUGGAUUGCUGUGCAUGUGAUGUUUCAGCUGAGAUGUUUAUAGUUGUAAGUAGCAUUUUGCUAACACUAAGGUUUCAUUGCCCUAUUGGAAUAUGGAAAGCAAAGGAAAUAAACCUCAAAUAAGAUGGAAUAUUUGGGUUCAAAUUUAUGGCUGGUACACAGAAAAGCAAAUAAAACGGUAUUCCAGUUA